GGGCCAGGCGCUGCGCGCAUCGAGAGCCUCGGGCGGCGGAGACAGGGGCGGGGGCGACGCUCGCCGGCCAAUGGCGCGCGGCGCUACCGCAAGGGCGGUGCAGGAACCCCGGCCGCUGACAGUCAAAGUCGCCAACUCCGCCCUAGUACCCGCGGGAUCCCGGAGCCCGAGCCCGAGCGGGGCCGAGGCCGCCCAAGGCGCGCUGCGAGCGAGUGAAUAUGGCAGCAGAAUGAGGAGCCUGGCGCCGGGUGGUGGCCGCUGCUGCGGUGCUGCAGCUCGCGAUCGGCGCCUGGCACACCGCGAGCCGCAUUCUUAGUCGGCCUCCGGGUUAUUUCAUUCGGCACCAAGGACCGCGGAAAAAGGAGAUCCGCAGCCCAGAGAGGGUGGCGAAGCGGGAGCGCGAGCCGGGAGUGAGAUUCUGCGGGGAUGAGCCAGCCAUGGGGCGGCCUCGGCGGGGCGCACGGAGCCGGCCGGCGCUACAGCGGGACCGCUGCCUGAGCCCGGGCUCCACGGGACUUCGGGGCCUCGUGCGUCUUGGCGGAGUCCCCGCCGCUGUCUCCGGGAAGGACACGCUACUCGGGUGGCGGGCACUGCAGCGGUCACGGCGCUGAGGCUCCCGGAGCCUACAGGGUCUGUGGUUCGGUGCGCUGUCACGCCGCCGCACGCGGGCGCCUGGCCCGGGGCUCGGCGCCUGGCGCUGCACAGCGAGAUCGGCUGCAGGAGUCGGGGACUGCGGGACCGGCAGGAGAGGCGUGCGCGCGGGUGUUCGACUGGAGAUCCCGGCAGAAGCAGAGCCGGGCGGACCUGAGCAGCCAUGCUUCCCGGGGUGGGCGUGUUCGGUACCAGCCUCACGGCCCGAGUCAUCAUCCCGCUGCUGAAAGAUGAGGGCUUCGCGGUGAAGGCGCUGUGGGGCCGCACGCAGGAAGAAGCCGAGGAGCUGGCCAAGGAGAUGAGUGUUCCUUUCUACACUAGCCGCAUCGACGAGGUGCUGCUGCACCAGGAUGUAGACUUGGUGUGCAUCAACCUGCCGCCGCCGCUCACCAGGCAGAUCGCUGUCAAAACGCUGGGCAUAGGCAAGAAUGUCAUCUGUGACCGCACUGCGACGCCGCUGGACGCCUUCCGCAUGAUGUCAGCCGCCCACUACUACCCCAAACUCAUGAGCAUCAUGGGCAACGUGCUGCGCUUCCUGCCGGCCUUCGUGCGCAUGAAGCAGCUGAUAGAGGAGGGCUAUGUGGGCGAGCUGCUGGUGUGCGAGGUGCAGGUGCACAGCGGCAGUCUGCUGGGCAAGAAGUACAACUGGAGCUGCGACGACCUGAUGGGCGGUGGCGGCCUGCACUCCGUGGGCACCUACAUCAUCGACCUGCUGACCUUCCUCACUGGCCAGAAGGCCGUCAAGGUCCACGGGCUGCUCAAGACCUUUGUAAAGCAGACGGACCACAUCAAGGGUAUCCGUCAGAUCACCAGCGAUGACUUCUGCACCUUCCAGAUGGUGCUGGAGGGUGGAGUGUGCUGCACCGUGACCCUGAACUUCAACGUUCCUGGAGAGUUCAAGCAGGACGUGACUGUGGUGGGCUCCGCCGGGAGGCUUCUGGCAGUAGGCACUGACCUCUACGGGCAGCGCAAUAGCGCCCCAGAGCAGGAGCUGCUGCUGCAGGACACUACAUCCGUGAGCAAUUCCCUGCUGCCUGAGAAGGCGUUCAGCGACAUCCCCUCGCCCUACCUGCGGGGCACCAUGAAGAUGAUGCAGGCAGUACGCCAGGCCUUCCAGGAUCAGGAUGACCGGCGCACGUGGGACGGUCGGCCUCUUACCAUGGCUGCCACCUUCGACGACUGCCUGUAUGCUCUCUGCGUGGUAGACACCAUCAAGAGGUCCAGCCAGACUGGAGAGUGGCAGAACAUCGCCAUCAUGACCGAGGAGCCGGAGCUGAGCCCCGCCUACCUGAUCAGUGAGGCCAUGCGCAGAAGCAGGAUGUCCCUCUACUGUUAGCACUGGGACCUUGAUGGACUCGACCUGCUGCGUGGGGCCAGUUAGGGGGAAAUGCUCUGUGGAGAGGGUAGCCAUUGGUGGGGAUUGUGGGAAGGGCAGCGUGAAUGCACAGCGUAAGAAGGUGGUCCCCGUCCUCGGUAGAGGGCCCCUAAAUCCAAGGUGGUGGUGGGCCGACUUCAUAUUCAGGAGGGCGUGCCCUCCUGAUUGGGUAUCGGAUGAAAGGAAGGAGGUUUAACUAGCACCUUUGUACUCCAUUACUGUGAGAAGCAAGGAGGGCCUGCCCCCUGCCCUACCUCAUCCAUCCACAUAUCUUGGCCUUCUUUGCAAGCCAAGGCUGUGUAUCUGAUGACAAGCUCAGUGGGAGAUAGGCUCUCUGUCAGCGCCCUCCACUGGCAGGAGAGGGCACUUCAUUAAGUGUCUACAAAGGGUUUUUUUGGUGUUUUUGUUUUGUUUUUGGGUUUUGGUUUUUUUGGUGUAGAGGAGGUGGGUGGGGCUGGUGGAAAAACUUGUAAUUCCGGGAAGCCACUGUGUGUUUUACUUUAAGGAUCUGAAGGAAAAGUACUUGGUAGCAAAGUGCACAGCUUCUUUGAUUGCUUUGUGUCCCAGGAAGCAUUAGGGCCUAUCUAACUGGCUCACUGAUGUUCCCCUGGUACAGUGGGCUUCUGCAAUGGAGAGCAACUGAGGUGGUAAGCUGUACCUCUGAGGUGACCCAGACGACAGACAGGCUGCACAGAGCCACUUCAGAGCCCUCCCUCAGCAGGGGGUGGGACUAGUGUGAGAGGCAAUCCAGGGGGCCUGCCACGCUCUCUAGGCAACGCUAAGAAUGCUGCAGGUAGCGUGGGCUUGCCUGUCGCUGCCUGCCUGGGUCAGGACAGCUGCAUUCCUGGGUGUUGCAGUAUGAGCUCCCCAAAAGCAGAGAGCAUGAGCCCAGCUCCAGAGUUGCUAUAAGCCCAACUGCCAAGCUGAAGAAAGACACGGAGGAGGAAAGACAUGAGACAUCUGUGGGUUUAAACAGGAAGCCAUUCACUUCACUUCCACAGAAAACACUUUACCUUAAGAAGAGCCAUGGCUCUUUCCCUUCCUUCCCUUUGGCCUUGGCUUUCAGGAUUCUGACGGCCGGAAACUUUUGAGUGGGUAUUAAGACAAAAAGCCAACAGAGAACAUAUUUUCAGUGUUUCUAAAACGGGGCUCUAGAUCCCCAAGAGGGGUCUAUAUAGGUGGAGAAGGUUCACGCUGGGGAAAAAAAAUCUUUGCCUUCCUCUUCUUGUCUUUUUACCCUCCCUGUGAAACUAGAGAUGGACCAGUACUGGCUUAGAUGUCGGCAGAGACAAAGCCUGUCAUCACAUGGACACAUCUUUGCAAAUGUUUGCUGUCCUCAAAUAUGACUAAAACAGUCUUUAAAACUCGAGUCUGGUCUUAAAGAAGGGUCAAGACUGAAAAUAGGGAGUUCUCUUUUUCUCGGUUGGCUUUGCUAACCUUCCCUGGCAUGUGGUAGUUUUGAGCCUGGGUAUAGACUAGUUCCUGUAAGUAGUCUGCUUAGAAUCCAGGCAGUGCUCCUCCCUGGAGCCCUGGUAAUUCACAGGCACAGUCAUACUGGAGCCCACACACCAGUGGAAUGAUGGUCAUUUUCUAGCACGAAGGAGCGGGUGUUGCCUUGCUGGGAGCCCCUGUUCAACAUGGUAAAGGUAGCUGAUUGGUUGCCACCCCUUAUGGCCAGUGUUUCAGGUUUACAGCUCAGACCAAAACUGGCUAUCUGUGCACAGGGCCACAUCAUAGACUUUUUGGCUUUUUUGGUUCCUGCUCUCAUAAAUUGCUCUUUAGGAAAGUAAUUUUCCCUCUAACUACCCUGAAAAUCUGUGAUUAAGGAUGAAAUCAGGGACAUGGUAGACAACUCCAUGGAGUUCAUUUUUCCAAGUCAUUUACCUAAGUAGAUAUUCUUGUGAUUUCAAUUUUUCAAUUUUUUGUUUCUCCACUUCCCUCAUAUUUGAGGUUUUCCCUCUAGAGGCCUCUGAUCUCUGUGAUAAACCAUGCUGGGUCUAAAACCAAAACUUUCAUUUGAGGUUAGGGGCUGUAGAAAGAAUAUGUGUUCUUUGGAAGAAGCAUGAGAAAGUAGUGAGUGUACUGAAGUUGUAUCUACUGGAAUGCAUGUGGUAGAGGUAGAAACAGGAGGGGGAGGCAGUUCUUCGAAUGUAAAAAUGACAGCAGAUGGUUUGGAGGCCUUCUGUAGGGCUCCUUCGGCCCUUGGCUUCUCACGUGCAGAUUUCUGAUCGGCUGCAGCAAUGUGAGACCGGAAUCCAAGCUUUCGACAACAUUCUGCAAACUGACUUUGAUCUAAGUUCUGGCAAUAACCCAGCCACUUUCUAAUUUUUUUUUUUUUACAUGGUUUAAAGGCCUGGUGGAACAGAGACUGUUUGGGGCCUUUUCAUUCAUUUUCCCCUGGCCUUGCUUGUUCCCAUCAUUUUAUAUAUACAUUAUUUUAUAUAUGGCCUCUACAAAAGUCCAGAUUCCCAGAGAUUUUUAAAUAGGUAUACACAAGUGUUUGGGAAUGGCCCAGGUUCUGCAAACCUUGGAGUCUAGAACUCCUCUGUGGUCACUGUCAGUUCCACUAAGACUUCUCCCCUCCAUGGUAAAAAUUGCAUCAUGGGGUUCCUUCAAAGCAUCUUAGUCUCCUUGGUAGCACGUCCCAUAGUGUCAGGUCCUGUCAGCACUCAAGGUGGCUUACCUGGCUUACCCACCGAACGCAGAGUGUUGUAGGUGCAUCAUCUUAUUAUCUAUAAAAUUAGUAUUGGGUACUGUCUCAUUCCCCUGUGUACAUACGAAGAUGUAACCCGCCCAAAGCCACACACGGAGUGAGCAAGCCACAAUUUGUACUUUCCUUGUUCUUGUCAGGAAAAGCAUUCCUCCUGAAGCCCUGUAGGGGGCGUGCUCCCACCCCAAGGAGCCACUGUAAGAAGAGAGGGCUGAAAGCCACAGCACUCUUCUUGUUGAGUAAGAUGCAAAAUUUGAUGUCCUGCCAGCAGGUUGGCAACUGAAGCUGCCUACAGAAGCAGCUGGGUUUUCUUCCCCUUCCCAAGUGGAAAUGUCACUCGGCUUCUUUUGAGGUGGAUUUCCUCUGUUGAGCUUUAAGUGUAGAUGACUCAACAACCCUCAGCUCUGGGGACUUUCUAAGCAUUGUUGGCUAUGAUAGAUGGCCUUGGAUUUUGCUGCUGAGGCCGAAGUAUAACAUAGGAAGACAUCUUUUCACAGGAAGGGGGGGGGGGGUCUGGGGUUUGUUUGGGACCUGGGUUGUAGCUGUACCAUUCAUUGUUGCAUCAAACGCUUUCUUCAUCUUGUACAGUGACUGUAGCCAUUGAACUUGACCUGUGGUUAUAAAUUAGGUUUCUGACCUGGUCUCCUUUUCCAGUGGGUACUGCAGGAAAUAAGCUUUGUUAAGGAUGCCCUGAGGAGAAAGUCAACCCAAUAGCACAUGAGAGGAUUUCAGAGUGGCAUCUCUAAGAUUCUUCCUUUGAUAGUCAAGAGAGGAAUAUAAUGGCCAUUCUUUAAUGGUAGAUCUGGGGUUGGGAAGCCCAUUUCCUGAUUCUCAGUUUCUUCCUAACUUCACCAACCACACAGGGAAGGAAGGCUCAUCCAGGUGAUCAGUCUGGGUAGGAAAUAGGCCAGAAGGAGAACACAGACCCGCACUGAACAGUAUUCACUAAGCUGUGACAGGUAAACCCUUAUUUUACAAACAUGUUACAAGACUAUGUGUAUGUUAGGGACAGAACCCAAGGCUUUGUGAAUGCUAGGCAAGCUCUCUACCACUCAGCCACACCUCCAGCCUCAAUUGUGUCUUCAAAGUACUCAGAAAACUUGUGACUAUAGCAGAAGGGUUAUCUCUAAUUUGCACCUUUAUGGAGGUGAGGGGACAUAGAUUCAGAUGUUCACCUUGAGGAGGACUUGAGGCCUGAUGCAGGAUACAGAUUCUGACUCUGACUACCCUAUGACUCUUGCUCCAUCCACUGGUGACUUCCUUCGUCCACCAAACCCCUGGAGUUUGCAGAACAGGGUGAUAACACUGGGGAACUUGGGGGAAAAUAGCACCUGUCUGACCAUCCCCUUUGCUUCCUUUGGACAAGGGGGCGGGGCGGGGGUGAAGAAGGUUACGGUCCAGAGUCUGCCGUAUGGCUCCAGGGUCUUCUCUGGUACUUGUGUUGUUCCAGUGGCCGCCCUGGUCAGUGUCUGGCAGGUGGAUCAUGCUCUGAGUUUAGCUGGGGCUUCCAGAACUUCUCCGCAGAGCUGUUACACCCUCUCAUACUUCUCUAAGAGUGAGAGGCUCGUGGUCUCCUCGGAGUUUGGCAAUCUGAAUGCAUCCGUAAAGAGGAGGUAGCCAACCCAACUGGCCUUUUCUUCCCUGCAUCAGGGUCCUUAUUUGCUGGAGCCCUUGAGGGCCAAAGAAGCCUCUGGCUCUCUUCCAGGCUACUGACAUGUUGCACUACUGAAUCCUCUCAAAUCUGCUGCAGCCUUUUGUUUACACCAGCAGAGAACAGAGUGACGAAAAGAACAUUCUAGUUGAAAUGCUUGAUGCUUAGUGCAAAGCUCGCCUGGGUCAGUGGAGCAGGGAAGUCAUCCUGGCCACGGAGUCACCAUGUCUCUGUUGUCUCCUGUGCCCUGUCCAGCUCUCUGCUGUCCCCUGCAGCCACCAUAAGGGCUAGGCUGUUCAACGAGCCCCAUGGCUUCUAAGAAAUGCAGUGUGGCUUAUUUGUAGUGCCGAGUGACAUCCCAGGCAAAGAACAAAAGCCUGUGACCUGCCCUGCCCCUUUAUUCUGCCCUGCCCCUUGUUUAGGGGAGGGAGAACUUUCUAGCAAUUACGGCUUUGUUUGCUGCCUGGUGCUUUUACAGUAUGUCAUUUGUUUUCAUUUCCUUUUUUAAAACCAAAAUUGCAUUGGUUUGGCUGUCAUUGUCAAGUGUAUAUUUAUUGUUUUACAGAUGUGAGUAUAUAUGUAUGUAUAUGUAUAAAACCAAACUUAUAUAUAAAAAGUCAAGGCAUGUACACUAGAUAUUUUAAAGUUAUUUAUCAAAGGGAAAAGAUGUGUGUUAUAAAGUAAAACAGAGUCUAUAUUUUAUAUAUAAUGUAGAUAGCAAAAGAUAGCUUAUAAAUUAUAGAAGGUUUUACUUUUUGUUUUCUAUUAUUAAACAAAAAAAGAAAGAAUUUUAAAAGGUAUUUAAAAGAGAGAGGGGAACAAAUGCAAUAGUGCUUAGUGCUUUUGAGGCAAACCGCUAGGGAGUGGGAGGUGGCUCGCCCUCCCUCUGCAGUUCCAGGCUGAGUGGAUGGUACCCACGGUGCCUUGCGAUGCUCUGGGCCAGGGCAGGCAUGCUCAGCCAGCUGUCUGGGCUGCUGCGGCAUUGUUUCCAGCUGCUGAGUGGCUUUGAUGGGAUGAGCAUUGGUGGGAAAAGGAUGGAUAUGGCAAAUAAAGUCUUCAAAGAAGAGGUGA